AUGACUUUCCGGCAACAUUGGCUCCACGCGGCUAUUGCCCUCUCGAUAUUGUGUUGGACGCCUGUUGAGGUCAAUGCUGCGCCUCCAAGCUCUCCAGUUCAAGCUGCUACCAGCGGCUUUCCCUUGUUCGAGUACGAAUCAUCCCAUUUGGAUGAGCAAAGUCUAGGUAACUUUGGUGUUAGGAGACCAGUCUUAGACAGUGGCGAGUGCAGAACCUUUCCUGGUGAGGCAGAUUGGCCCUCCGAUCAGGAAUGGGAUAGCUUUGAUGAUUUGCUGGGUGGUGCACUUAUCCCAACGGUCCCAAUAGGCGCCCCCUGUUAUCAGAACUGGGGCGUUUUCGACAAGGAGAAGUGUGCAGCUGUGACGAAAAACUUCCCCAACCCCUAUUUCCAUGAAGCCGAUCCAACGUCGACGAUGUGGCCCCUGUGGCAGGGUAAAACUUGCCUUCCGAUGAACAAUGCAAAUGGUACUUGCACGUUGGGGGGGUAUCCGACGUAUGCAGUGAACGUCAGCAAUGUCGCGCAGAUCCAGCACGCUGUGAACUUUGCUCUUACCAAGAACAUCCGACUGGUGAUCAAGAACACGGGCCACUGCUAUCUGGGGAAGUCAAAUGGGGCCGGGUCGCUAAGUGUGUGGACACAUCAUUUCAAGGACAUCGCAUUCCUGCCUGACUAUCACAGUGCCACUUAUCGCGGAGCUGCUCUGAAAGUCGGCGCGGGCGUUACUGUUCGAGAGGUUUAUAACGCUGCGCACCAGUACGGUAGCGUGGGCUUUGCCGGUGGCUAUCUCGCCGGCGGUGGCCACACGCCGCUGUCGGGACUAUAUGGCAUGGCUGCUGACCAGGUGCUUGGGUUUGAGGUGGUAACUGCUGAUGGCCGAUUCGUCACCGCAAAUGAGACCUCAAACCCUGAUCUCUUUUGGGCUUUGCGUGGUGGAGGGGGUAGCACUUUUGGCAUUGUAACAUCUGCCACAGUCAGAGUUCACCCCCGAGUGAAGGUCGUCACAUCUACCUUCACCUUCGGGGUAGGCCCCAGCGUCAGCAACGAGACAUUUUGGGAGGGGAUACGAGCAUACUUUGAGCUUUUCAUCCCGUUUACUGAUGCGGGGACGUAUUCUUGGUAUUCUAUCAAUUCAACCGGCGGGGCCCCCGUACUGGACAUGCACCCAUUCUUCGCUCCCAAUCACACUAUUGAGUCAUUCAACCAGCUCGUAAAGCCUUGGUUUGACAAACUGCAAGCAUUGGGGAUACCUUUCACGCCAAAUACAACCUACUAUGAUGACUACCUGCCGGCUUACAACGACCAAUUUGGCAUCAAAGACGCGUUUGGGAAAGACAGCGUUGGCCGUUACACCAGCAUGCCAGGGAACCGGUUGUUUCCUCGCGCCAACUGGGAGGACCCAGCAAAGUUCAAUGACACCUUUGACCUUGUCCAGAAGCAUGGGGAGGCGGGCCAUGUGAUCCUGGGUUACCACCAGGCGCCACGAAACCGACUGAAUGCCGACAACGCCGUCAGCUCCGCAUGGCGCAACACCAUCGCAUUCCUGAUCACGAAUGCCCCCGUGGCAGCGGAUGCUACGCCGGCGCAGAUGACAGCCGCGCACGAGGAGAUCAACGCCAUCCUUGAACCCUGGAGACAGGUCGCGCCGGCGAGCGAGGGGGGUGGAUCCUACCUCAACGAGGCGCACGUCAUGGAGCCCAAUUGGCAGCAGGAGUUCUACGGAGACCAGUACGCCGAGCUGCUGAGACUUAAGCAUAAGUGGGACCCUAGCAAUGUCUUUUACGCAACCACGGGGGUAGGAAGCGAGGCGUGGGAGGUCAGAACCCGUGAGCAGGGCGUCCAGACGCAGAACGGAAGGUUGUGUCGUCUAUAG